AUGGAGACUUUAGAAGGUGUCGAGCUUUUGCUGCAGCCGCAUGGCCGGAGGAUUUUAUUUCGGCCUUUCUUGUUGGCCUUCUGCUUCAUACUCCUGCAGUUCCAUCCACGUCUUUCGGGAGACACCAUCUCUGCAGGCCAUUUUAUAACGGGAAAUCAAACAAUCACCUCUAAAGGUGGGAAGUUUGAACUGGGCUACUUUUCUCUUGGCAGUCCAGCCAGAUACUAUAUAGGCAUAUGGUACACGGACGUCAAGGAUGACAACGUGGUGUGGGUGGCCAACAGAGACACGCCUCUCCAAAACAACAUAGCCGAAUUGAAGAUCUCAGAAGAUGGUAGCAGCUUGGUCAUUCAGACUAAAUCUGGCUCCCUGAUCUGGUCGACAAACUCGACACCAACUCCAUCAUCUCACCCUGCAGCAAGAGUUGCUGUUCUUCAGAACAAUGGCAAUCUUGCUCUGAUGGAUGGAAAUUCUUCCAGCGCCGCUGUUGUAUGGGAGAGUUUCGACCAUCCCACCGAUACGUUCCUGCCCGAUGGACGAGUGGGAGUGAACAAAGUCACCAAGCAAUACAUAGCGAUCACCUCAUGGAAGAGCAAAGACGACCCUUCUUCUGGUCUUUUAUCUCAAAAGAUUAAUCCAAACGGAAGCCUCGAGCUCCCGUUGUACUGA